GACCCCAUGUCACAAACAACCUUUCUUUCCAUUUCAUGAUAAGAACAGCCUUUGCAGGAUUUGUAGCCGUCGUUGUCGUUGCUGGAAUAAUCAUGAGGAAAUGUCAUCUCAGGUAAGACAUUCUUAUUAGCUUGUUAAAAGAAGAAUUUAUGGGUGUUUGACAUAUUUGGUCAUUUAAUUAAUCAAUUACUUUGUUAUGGGGGUACUGUAAUAAUAUACUGUAAGUGCAAUCUCAAAUAACAAUCUGAUCUACAAUUCAUAUAGAGAACUAUGGGCCUCAGAAAUAUGCGGUAGGCUAUAGAUCCAAGAUUCGUUUGUGCUCUCUUGGCAACUAAAUGUCAAUGGUGUGACAAAGAGCUGUCAAGAUCUGAGAUCAUAUGAAAUACCCAAACGUAUGACAUAGGCUACUUGACCUACGUUUAAGUCUGACUCAACAAGGUUAUUUUAGGUCACUAAUAACUGCAAUGUUGAAGCUUCUCACUUCCUGCCUUGUCAAAAAUGAGUGUUGGAAAAACAAAGCAUACACUGGCAGGCACAAACACACAAGUAGAAACAUUUUGCUCCAGAAAGCAUCCGCUGUGUAAAACCAUGUGAUGCUACGAUCAUUCACUAGUCUUCUCUUCUUUUACACAGCAGGAGAACACAGCAGAAAGCAGGGUACACCUUUAAAGAGGUGAUGCAACAACACUGUCUUUUCUGUCAGGGCUGUUAUUGCAUGCUGUUACCUGGAGUCGUAAGGCAUCUGCAACCUAUGCUCUUUCACAUUUUCAAUUGAAUUUGCCAACAUUUAAAAAUAUUUCCACAGCCCCAUAUGACAUUUUACAGUGUAAUAUGGUGACUAUUGUUAAUGUCUUUGUAGGAGGAGCAACAGGACAUUGAGCCCUACAGCACGUUAACAAGGAGAGACAAUGGGCUUUACUCAACACUCCAGCUGCCACAUUCUAACCCC